CGUUAGGUUGGUACGCGUUUUCUGUCUGUUUUUCACAUUUUGCAACCCAAAAUUUUCCACUAAUUUCUAAAUCAUGUUCUUUUUUAAUUAAUUAUUAUAAUUAUUAUUAGUGACUAUGGUAAAGCCAAGGAAAGGAGAUGGUGCACGGUCAUCUCGGGGCACAGUAAUCGAGUUAAGUGAUGACGAUUGUGUGUUAGAUAUUUCUUGCCCUGACGAUAUUGAGAUUGUGGAGCUUGGUAGGAACACACCAAGUCAAGUAGUAACGUCACAAAGUUAUGAUUCCGGCGUAGAAUUCGCUUCACAAGUUAGUGUAGAUGGAGGAUCCCAAGAUAUAUCCGACUUAACCACAGUUCCCACUGAAAGCGUAGAGUUGUCAUCACAAGAAUCUGAUAAAACUGCAGACCCUAUUGAUAUUACUGAUAGUGCCGCAUCUCAAGAUUCGCAGGAUGUAAUUGUGUUAGAUGUCGAGAGUGCAGUUAACGCUCAAGACUCGAACAGUGAUAGUAAAAAGCGAUUAUUGCAAUUGGAAGAGGAGAUACAACAGUUAAAGGCGGAAAAUGAAGCAUUGAAAUCCAGUACGUGCUCAUGCCAAACCAUCAAAGAUGCAAUUAUAACGAUUAGGUUUGAUAGUUUAAAUUCUUUUAACACAUACCAAGAAGCGAUAUGCAAGCUGUUCAAAGAAUGCAUCGACUUGGAGCUUGAUGAACGGAAAGAUGAUUUGUUAAUUCGUAUUUAUAAAGAUGGCACCAUUAACCGAAAUGAGUGGGUUGUAUUAGAUGAAUUAGAAGUGACGUUACCACUUGAUAAGCGUAAGAAAAGAAGGAAAAGAAAAAUUUCAGUAGAAGAAAGUGAAAGUUUAAAUGACACAUUCGUGUUAGAUACAACACCCUCGUUAAGCACUAAUAAAAAUAAUUUACGAUACGAAAGUAAGUUUGACAUUGCUAGUGCUAUAAAUAAAGGGGCGGACGAGGUCCCCAAGGCCGGUUCCGGUACAUGCUUUAAUUGUGACGGUUCCCAUAAUUUACGUGACUGCCCACAUCCCAAAGACUACGCUAAAAUUCAGUUAGCAAGACAAAAAUUUAAACCGCAAAAUAAAUCUACCGUUUAUCGAAGGUAUCACUUGGAUUGCGACCAGAAAUUUGAAGUUUUUAAGCCGGGCCAAAUUUCGACAAAAUUGCAAGAGGCAUUAGGUAUACGCCACUAUCAAUUACCCGAAUAUAUAUACAGAAUGAGGAAGUUGGGUUAUCCGCCUGGAUGGUUUAGUGAAAUUGUAGAUUCGAGGGACUCCAACUUGGUUCUUUUCGAUUUUAAUGGUAAAGGUGCGGAAGAACAAAAGAAAAUGGUGCCAGAUCUAGACAUGAAUCAAAUCAUUGAUUAUCACGGAUUUAACAUACCCUUAAGGAAAGGUUUUAAAGAUGAACACCGACUGUAUGAUUCUCCUCCAUACUCGAAAGAAUUAAGUAAGUCAAAAAUGAAGGCAUUUUUGGACCAAUAUACCAAGGACAAUUUAAAUUCUUGCGAAAUGGAGGUUGACCACGUUGCAUCUGAUAAAGAAGUCGAAGUUAUAAACGUUUUAAAAGAUGACAAGGCUGAGCCAGUUAAGAAAACCAGUUCACCCACCUUAGACGAAUUGGAAAUAAAGAAGAAAAAGCUACUGGAUCAAUUAACAGAGGAUGUCGGUAGUAAUUCGGUUUCUGAAUCGAAAAUUGACACAGACACCACGAUUGACAAUUUCGUCACGCUUGACGAAACUGGGCCGGAUGCUACUGCUGAAGCGGGCGAGCUAGACGAUUCUACAAUCGAGAAACAGUGUGAAAGUCCAAUUUUGAAGACGAUCAAAACAAGCUACUUCGGUACUCCGCUAAUAAAGGGUGCGUCACCUUACUCGCGACUACCUCACUGUGACAAUUUUACUAAGAACGUGUCGGACGUUAUUAAUUUCGAAAACCUGCCCAAUUCGACAGGUAAGUAUGACCAAAUGGUGGUUGUUAUUGAAAAGGUGCGUAGAAGUUUAAACAAUAAGAAAUCAUGAUAUGUGUGUAUGCUAUACCUUUAAAUUGUUAUUUUUGAGACGUAAUCUGCAUUUGUAUCGUCAAAGAUGUCUAAAUUGUAACUAUUUCGAUAUCGCAUUUAAGUACAAAUUAGAAAGUAUUCAUGAUGUAUUUUAAAGGUUUCGGAAUCUUAUUGUUUAUCACAUCUAUUUGGUAUAACAGUUAAUUUGAACUCUAAACAAUGUUGAUAUAAGAGCUGGUUUAUAAAUGAAGUAAAUAUGUUUUCUACUAUAAAUUGAUUGUUUGUUGAA